GUGGCGGCGCUGCAGUGCUCAGAGCAGGCGGCACGGACACGGAGCGGAAGAGGCGUUUGUGCAUGGCGCUGAUGUGAUGCUUGCAGAGUUUGCCUGGAUCCUUAACAUUUUCACAUUUACGGCGCAUUCUGCUGUUGAAGUCAGAAGCCCAUAGCUUCGUCACAAUGGCUGAUACAGGCCAGGCCCAAGAUGAACUGAUUUCAAUGCACCAUGCAUCAGAGGUGAUUACAAUGGGAGAGGCAUGGGAUGUUCAGGCGGCGCUGUGUCCAAUACAAGAGUCGCAGUAUACCCAGGAGGAGCUUUGUCCAAUACAAAAGGAAGAGGAUGCCAAAGAGGAGGAGGGUCCAAUACAUGAGAUAGAAGAAGAGCAGGGCAAUAUGUCUGGAGCACAGGCUGAGCAGGAGAUGAUUACAACGGAAGAGGUAGAAGAAGCUCAAGAGCUAAUUCAACAGACAAAGACAACUGAACCUUGUGUGAAAGAAAUCAAAACAGAGGAGAUGUUUAAACCAGAUACAUCUGUUGAGCCGAUCCUUAUUAUCCGGUCCUCUCCUCCAAACUUCCUGCCUGCCCCAGGACAGCCAUGUAUGCCCUGGGAGAGGUGGCUCAGGUCUUUCGAAAGCUACAUUGAACAGUUGGGAGAGACCAAGCUGACAGACUCCACAAAAUUAGUCCUCCUUCAGAACUGUCUGGGGCAAGAGGGUCGGCGCAUCCUCAAAACCUUACUGCCAGGCAAAACGACGUACCCAGAUGUCAUUUUAGCCCUCAGUGUUUACUUUUCUCCCAACCAAGCAUCACAGAUGCACAUGCUCGACUUUAAUCAGAGGGCUCAGAUGUCCGGGGAGACUGCCGGACAGUUCAUCUGCGCUCUAGAUCAGCUCCUAAAGCCGUCCAAUUACCAAGAACUUUAUGAACAACUUCUAAUUAAACAGCUGGUAGAGAAGACCAACAAUCCCCGGCUCAGGCAGAGACUACUUUCCGAACCAGCUCCGUUCACUUUAGCCAGGGCUUUGCAGAUUAGCGCUGAGGUAGAGUCGACAUCCGUAUCUGAAGUGAACGUUUACAUAGACGAAGCAGAACCCCCUGUUAAAAGAAAGCGAGGGCGACCUAGAAAGGGCGAGGUUAGACAUAAACUGCCAGUGAAAGAGAAGGCACCAGCUAAAGCUAAAUCAGCCACUAAAAUAUGUCCACCUGCUAAAAGAAAAUGCAAACGAAGUACUGUCUCGAGAAGCGCUGAUGAUUUUUAUUACGACGGCGAUGAGCAAUAUUAUAGUGAGAACGAUGAUGAUGAUGAUGUUUCAGAGAAUAGUUGCAACACAAGUCUACCGUCCUCUGUGGCUCAAUUCAAAGAAAUCAAAACUGAAGCUAGCGACGAGGAGGAAGAACUUAUAGACUCAAGCAAAAGUCAAGCAAAAGGUCCCUCCUGCCCAAUCUGUGUCGACAGGCAUUUCCGCGGCAUCAACAAACUUGUGCGGCACAUGCGCAGCCACACCCAGCAGAAGCCCUAUUGCUGCCCCGUGUGCUCAGUCACCUUUAGCCAAACCUACCACCUUCUCCGGCACAUGAGGAAGCAGCACGACGCGGGAGAACACGUGUGUUCACUCUGCGGCAUCACCCUCGGCAGUGCCACGGAGUUACAGGAGCACAAAAAACGUCACCCAGCUGAACCUGUACCAUGCCCACUCUGCCAGGAGGUCUGCCCAAGCCCAAAUGCAUUCGCUACCCACGUCAAGGCCCACUGCAAAACACCGCCAAGCCAGGAAGAGUUGGAGCAGUUGCCUACAGCGAAAAGGCGGUAUAGAAAGAAGCUAGAUGCAAAACAACCCAAAUCUAAGGGCGCUACAAAUUUGAUCGUCGGAGACAUUGAUGUGAAUGCUAUUGUAAGUCAGGGUAAUGGCAUUUCACAAGAAGGUGCUCCAGACCUUUUAGAUUAUUUUAACCAUGAGGCUAAGGAGCCUGGUCAUGAUAAAUUGACAGAAAAACUCUUAUCAGAGCUUAGGACUGAAGACAGUGAUGAUGACAAUGAGGAACUUAUUCAAACUGAUCUAAAAAAUCCUCAUUGUCCCCUAUGCCUCCAUUCUUUCCCUAGUUUAAACAAGCUCCUCCGGCACAUGCAGACACACACUAAGGAGAAGCCCUUCACGUGCUCCUUGUGUACCAUGACCUUUAGCCAAGGCUACCAUAUGACCAGACACAUGAAGGUACAGCAUGGUGCCGGCAUGUUUGUCUGCCCUAGAUGUGGUGAGGAUCUGGCCAGUGCAGCUGAGUUACAAAACCACAAACGUAUGCACCCUCCCGAUCCUGUAGUGUGUCCUUACUGUAACAAAAUAAGUCCAAAUUAUCACAAGUUUUUAGGACAUUUUAGACGUCAUUGCCUGUGGAGCGAGACUGAGGAACAGGCAGGCAAACCGCUGAGUGACGACAGUGGUGGUGACAGCGAUGAUGACAGUGAGGAGAACCCCAUGGGUAAAUGGGAGUUGGUAGGUCAGAAUGUUGCCAUGGACAGUGGAGCUAACCUGGGACCCAGGUUACUUCCACUGUCUCAGAAGAUUGUUGCACCUACAGUCUUGAAAAGAAACCAAGAAAAAUGUGUGACUAGCGGCACAGCACAGACGGUUGCUUCUCAAAGUGGCUCAAACUGUAACGCCAAAGGGCCAGUGUUUUCAAACACAGAUUUAGAUGAGACCAAUGAGGGAAUGAGCCAGACAAAGGGACACAGUAAUGUAGAGAUGCAGGAGGAGGGUGCAUCAGGCAGCGAAUAUUGUCCUGGGAGUGACGAAGAGCAUGAUGGUGAUCUCUCAGAUAGCAAGAAAUCCAAAUCAAAUACUAAGAAAUCAAAUCCAAAUGAAGGUAACAAUAAAAAGGAGAAAGCGCCCAAACCCAUUCCAAAAAGACAUCGCUGUCCUCAUUGUAAGGACAGGUGGUUCAGGGGGCCAAACAAACUGGCCCGACACAUGAGAGUGCACACCAAAGAGAAGCCUUUCAAGUGCCCCAUCUGUGACAAGGCUUUCAGCCAGUCUUACCACAUGAAGCGCCACCAUCGUGUCCAGCACAGCCAGGGCAGGUACACCUGCACUGUUUGUGGACAGAACCUCUCCAACUGGAUAGAGUUUAAAAAUCAUAAAAGCCUGCACGAACCAGGGGUUGUGUGUUGUCCUUUUUGUGACAAACAGUUUAAGCACAAAUCCUUAUAUUUGAGUCACAUUAAAGUCCAUAAGAAUGAUGCAAAAAGAAUCCCUGGUGUUCAAAAGAGCUUUGCCUGCUCUGACUGUGGCAGUGUCUUCAAGCGAAAGAAUCACUUGAAGAGACAUAUUUUACGUCAUCGCAAAGAAACAAAUGGAGAGUUUUACACAUGCAGCACAUGUGAGCAGACCUUUGCCUUCCCAGAAGAUCUGACAAGGCACAUGAAGAAACAUGAGAAGGAAAGAAAUGGCAUUUGUCCCAUGUGCUCAGAAAACUUUAGCAGUCCUGAAGAACUUCAGGCACAUAAGGAAGAGGUGCAUAAUAGGACAUAUCCAUGUUCGGUAUGUGGCAAGAAGUUCAAGCUUGAGCACGCUCUUAAGAAACAUGAGGAAGGUCAUAUAAGCGGAAAGUACUAUUGCGUCCGAUGCUCCAAGUUUUUUCAAAAACAGUCUCACUACAAGAGGCAUAUGCAGGUGCACAGGAAAAGAGAGCGCAUGUGUCCACAUUGUCACACUGUCUUCAUAAAACUGAAUGCUUUUAAGGUCCACCUACGCACUCACAUACUGGAAAGGCCCUAUCAGUGUGUCUGCUGCCCAGAGAGCUUUGAGCUUAAGGAAGAAUUUGACUACCACUGUCUUAGACACAAGAAACUGAGGAAGGAGCGGCCUUACUCGUGCACUCGCUGUGACUGGGCUUUUGCUACACUGGCAGAGCUGGCAGAACACAUGAACGCUCACGAAGGGGAACAGCCGACCAACUGCCCUGUCUGUGGAAGGAGCUUCCUGAACAAGAACAAACUGGAGAAGCACAUGAGUCUACACACUGGAGUAAGGCCUCACCUGUGCUCUAUCUGUGGGAAUGGCUUUGCUAACGCUGCCAGCCUCAAGCUCCACGUCAACAUCCACACUGGCUUCAAACCCUUCCAGUGCGACCAGUGCCCAAAGAGCUUCAGCACGAGCAGCAGCCUUAAGCUGCACAGCCGCCAGCACAUGGCCGUGCGGCCCAAAUUUGAGUGUCCCGAUUGUGGGCGCACUUACGGCCGCAAGACAGAACUGAAGAUGCACCAGCGAUACCACACGGGGGAUAAGCCUCAUGUUUGUACCUGCUGCAACAAGCGCUUCAUCAGCAGAGACAAACUCAAUGUGCACAUGCGCAUCCACACCGGAGAGCGGCCAUACUCCUGCCCACAUUGUGGACAGACCUUCUCUCAGACUGGGGACAGGAACAGACACAUGAAGAAAUUUCACUAGCACUACAAGAACUGCUCACAUAUUUCACAGACAUUUCAGCGAUGGGGAGACAAUCAUCAGGAACCCUGAAGGGAGCUGUACCAGAGCCACCUGUGCUACUAGCUGAACUGAACCAUGGCAAUGUAUUUUUGUGUCUUUACUGUAAGAGUGUAUGGUACAUUAUCACUGAGAAGAUGUUUCUUGUAAUUCAUAAACAGUUACUUUAGUCUGAUUGGCAUCUGAUGAAAUUUGAUCACAAUUAUUUUAACAGUUCAUCUUUACUAAAGUAAUUAUUGAAUUUAUCAUCAAGUUGAUGUUUGUUUUUGUACACUUUUACAAAUACUGGCAAUUUAAAUAGAUUUUUACCAUUUUGUCAGUAUCAGCAUCAUGCAGUGAGUUGAUUUUUAUAAACUGUCAGCUAAUCACAUUUCAAUAUGCUCAUUCAUACAAGAUUGUACAUAAUUUAGUUCACAUAUUACAAACAUGUCAGCAGAUUAGGCAUGUAUUUUAGUAAGUUAGUUUGCAUGUUUACUAACCAUGUAGACAUUCUCCUUUUAAAAUAUAUAUGUGCACAUUUAUAAUGAUUUGUUAGGCUUCCACAUUUGUCUAAAACGAGCCAUAACAAUAAAUCUUUGUUUAAAAAAUGUU